UGUAGACUUAGUCGAAGCUCCAGACUUUGUAGAGCACUCUUUCAGAUCAACCAAGCAAUCGAAAUGGUAGAGAAGACUGUACCGCAGGGGGUGGAAAUCCACCCGACUGCAAUCGUCUGUCGCGAAGCUACCUUGGAAGGUUGCGUCAGUAUCGGCGCCGGCACAGUUGUUCAUCCAUUCGCUGUCAUAAAGGCCACAAAUGGUCCGAUUAUCAUUGGAGAGAAUAACAUAAUUGAGGACCGAUCUCUUAUUGAGAACAUAUUGGAGGAUGGCGAUAAAAUUAUGCAGAUUGGCAACCAAAACAUCAUCGAAGUAGGAGCAAUCGUCCACUCUGCAACAAUCGGUAACAAUAAUGUCCUGCACGUCCAGUGCGAAGUCAGCGAGAAUAGCUGCCUCAGUAAUGGUUGCUCAAUAGGAGUCAGAUGUAAGCUACUAGCAAAGGAGACACUUCCAGAACGGACUGUGAUUUAUGGAAAAUUCAACGAGCGACGCGUUGCUAACGAUAAUCCACCGGUCCCACAAGGUCAACUGGAAGUACUACGACGGCUACUACCUUCUUAUCACUAUCUGCAAAAAUCGAAGGCGGCAGCUUGACCGCAAUUAUAUUAUUUA